AACUCCUUGAACAUGGUGCCGCUACAGAGAUAAUGAACAAGAAAGACACCACACCACUCUUCCUUGCUCUGAAGGAAACCCAUUCAGAUGUGGCGGAACUUUUAAUUAAGCAUAAGGCAAAUAUACAUCUAGUUGAUGGAUGUAGGAGAACAGCGCUCAUGCUUGCUGUACUUUGUAAUUCGGAAAGCUUAGUGGAUCUUCUUUUGGAGCAGAAUAUUAAUGUCUUUGCGGAAGAUUUAUUUGGACGGACUAUAGAUAAUUUUCUUCUUCCUGACUCUGAAAGCAUUCAACAGAAAAUUUUGGAAUACAAGGCAAAAAUUAAACCUAUAACUCCUGCACAAGCAAGAGCAACUUUGGUUAAGGAAAGGCGUUCUGUUUGUCAAAAAGAAGAAAUGGCUGAAAACCAUUUUUCCACCUUCACUUUAGUCCAGCCAUUCAUACCAGGUCCUCGAAUGGCCUUUGUCAACCAUUGUGAUACAGAGGAAGGAGCAAGAGAGUCAGAAGUUGGAGACAAUACCAACACGAUUGGUAUUGUUGAAAGUGCUACACAAAAGCAAAUAGAUUUGACGUGUACCCUUGCAAUAUGCACCAUAGAUAAAAUCUCUGUACUGUUAUCAGGACACGACAAACGAAAAGAACCAAGUUUGUAUUUGGAGAGUAUUUCAGAGACUCUUUCAGAGAAGGAUCUUAGUCAUUCAUCUCAGGAUGCCAAUCAAGAAGAAAAAAACAGAGUAAAUGCACAAGUAGAAGUGCAUGUUAAGACACAACCUCAGUAUCAGCUCACUGUGCGCGAUGCUGACAUAAAACCUCCUACUCCAAAAAAAGGAGUACAAAGGAUUAAAGUUAAACCAGCUGCAACAGUAUACAACUUUGUUACGUCAGAAGAAGAGGAAGAAGAGCCUGAAGGAGUUGAAAAUGACCAGCCACAGGAAGGAGCAAGAGAGUCAGAAGUUGAAGACAAUACCAACACGAUUGGUAUUGUUGAAAGUGCUACACAAAAGGAAACAAAUGAAGUCUCUGUACUGUUAUCAAGACAAGACAGACCAAAAGAACCAAGUUUGUAUUUGGAGAAUAUCUCAGAGAGUCUUUCAGAGAAGGAUCUUAGUUAUUCAUCUCAGGAUGCCAAUCAAGAAGAGAAAAACAGAGUAAAUGCACAAGUAGAAGUGCAUGUUAAGACACAACCUCAGUAUCAGCUUACUGUGCGUGAUGUUGAUAUAAAACCUCCUAUUCCAAAAAAAGGAGUACAAAGGAUUAAAGUUAAACCAGCUGCAACAGUAUACAACUUUGUUACAUCAGAAGAAGAGGAAGAAGAGCCUAAAGGAGAUGAAAAUGACAAGCCACAGAGUCAUUCUUCUGGGACUGGCAAUUCAAAUGGAACCAAGACAGUACCAGAACAAGUAAAUGGGGAUUCUAACAUAGAACCUCAGUUUCAGUUCACUGUAAGUACCUGUGACACAGAAGCUGUUACUCCAGAUAAAGGAGUAGAAACAAUUAAAGUGCAAGAAGCCACGACAGUACUAAAGUCGGUAUCCAUAUCAAAGGAAGAGCAAGAAGAGCUUAAAGGAAGUGAAAAUAACCACCCACAGAAAGCAGAACCUGGGGUCACCAUCUUCAUCAUGAUUUUUAUUUUCAUUACUAUAAUGUGUAGAGAAGAAAACGUACAAAAUUUAUCAGAGAAUCUUACCAAGGAGGAUCUUGGUUGUUCUUCUGGGAGUGGCAAUUCAAAUGAAACCAAGACAGUACCCAAACAAGUAAAGGGGUCUUUUAAGAAACAUCCAUUGAAGGCUAUUCAGAGCACUAUUAACAUGACAGUUUCCAGUCUGAAGAAAGCAGUAGGAAGGAAGAAUGUGAAAAUAUCCAGGUCAGCAAAACAAGACUUUAUGGUAAUAUCAGAGGAAAAAGAAGAAAAGCAGGAUGGAAGCAAAAAUAAUCAUCCACAGAGCAUCUCACAGAAUCGUAAAAAGAAGGAUCUUGGGUAUUCAUCUGAGCCUUCUAAUCAAAAAGGAAAAAAUACAGUGAAUGAACAAGUCGAAGGCAUCCAGGCUCCUGGCAAAGGGUUAACUGUGCAUUCAGAUUUUCAGGGAAAAUAUUUGAUUGAUUUUAUGACCAGUCGUAUGGCACCUGAGCUCACAGGUGGGAACUCCCGGGAAGAAGAAGACAGGGAGGAAGUACAUUAA